CUCAUGACAAGUGCUUUUUUCGGCUUCUGCGUCGCCCCCCGUCCCAUUCCCCCGUGUUCCGAGCCAGAGAGAGAGAACGUAACGUCGCCGACCUCCCGUCCAAGGCUAAUUGAAUCGACGAGCCUCAAUUGCCUCCCGACCCCUCCGAUCCCAACACUUCACCGAGGCACUCAUCGAGACUUCAACACCUGCUUCGACCAAGAUACACCAACCAAAAUGGCAUCCAGAGUAGGCCCCCGAAGCGCCUCGGACGCAACGCGCUUCACCUCGACCACCCCGCACGCCGCCUCCAAGAGCUCUCCCACAUCAGCAGAAGCAGCAGCAGCACCGACAGGGACGUCGACGACAGCGACAGCAUCCUCAACACCAGCGACAAAGUCACCACAGCCUCCAAAGAUCCCCGGCCGGCAACCGGGCGAGAGCCCCGAAGACCGCGUCCGCCGCCUCCGCGCCGCCCACGAGGCGGCGCGCAAGGCCCAGACGUCCAGCCUCGACCGCGCCAUCGGCGGCAGCCGUCGCUUCUUUGACGUCGCGCACAAGUUCACCGUCCUCGGACUGGUCGGGUUUACGGCAAUCGCAGGCCUCGUCUCCGUCUACUCCGUCUACGACAUGGUAACCUACAACAAGCAACGCCGCACCGACUUCAUCGAAGCCCAGCGCAAAAUGGAAGACGACGCCCUCGCCACCGCCCGCCUCGCCUUCAUCAAGGGCACCGCCACCGACACCCAAAUCACCCUCGUCGAGGAGGCAAACGCCCUCGCCCGCGAGACGGGCGUCAAGCUCCCGCCCUUGCUCUCCGCGCCCACCCACACGACGGGCGCCGAAAAGAUCUUUGGUACGGGCCAGCAACGGACCGCCGAAGCUUCCUCGACGACAGUCGCUCCCGCCUUCCCUACGACUUCUGAAGCUGCUCCUGCUUCCGCACCCGCCCCGAAACAAAAGAAGAGCAGCAGCUGGUGGCCCUUUGGCGGCAGCAAAUCCGACGCCGCAGAGACCAGCUGGAGCGAGGAAGACGAGUCCUCCGGCGUCCGCGCCACGGACCUCGCGCGCGCCGUCGAGGACAGGAAAGAGUUCCUCCAGGACAAGGCAAAGGCCGCUUUCGAGCGCGAGAGGGAGAACCAGCGCCGAGGCGGCCCGCUGGACCAGGUCGGUCUCCCGCAGGAGGAGAAGAAGGCCGAGAAGAAGGGAUGGUGGUAGAGCAAAACGACGUGCUCGCCAAGUUCUCGACGGACCGUUGUUAUAAUAUGAUACACCAAUGAGGUGGACGGAGGGAAGACGGCAAGGUCUUUGUAUCUGAAUGUGACGAUAGCUGGUGCACUACAACAAAAAAACAAGUCGGCUUUGGAGGAAGUGUACGAGAAACGACAAUCUCCACCCCCAGAUAGAGAGUCGGAGAGACGGACACCUACGUCGGUACAAAAAUUGGGGGGCGAGUUGGGAGAGAAGAGGUGGAAAGGCCCUCUUUCAGCACGGCGAGGACGACGAAGAGGAGGGGGAGGGGGAGGAGGCCGCCAAGU